CUCGGCCUGCGCUAAGACCCGCCCCUGCGCCGGAAAAAGGAAGGCUGGGGAGUCGAUCCGGAAUUGGGAGUGCUGUCUCCUGAAAGGACUGCGGGCCUGCGAGGAGAAGGGGGCGGGGCCCGGCUUGGAGGGGCGGGGCAACUCGCCUUCCCCUCGGGUCACGCGCGGCAGGAAGUCGCGCCCUCAGCGGAGUAAUCGAAAUGGGGACCUCCCUGGACAUUAAGAUUAAGAGAGCGAACAAGGUUUAUCACGCCGGGAAUUGCUGUGUCUACCACAAUGUGGAUCUGGGAAUUAUUACACCAUCCAAGUGGCAUCCAAGACUUGAACUUACCCCCUGACCAGGAAGCUGGAACGGGGAUGCAGACUGGACACCAACAUCUUCAAACCGGAGUCCAAGAAGUGCUCUCAGGUGUGGUGGUCAUAUCUGGGAAGGACUCAAUCCAGCACCAGGGAGUGUCUCUGACAGUGGAAGGAAGCGUGAACCUCCAGCUCAGUGCCAAGAGCGUGGGUGUGUUCGAGGCUUUCUAUAAUUCCGUUAAGCCCAUCCAGAUUAUCAGCAGCACCAUUGAAAUGGUGAAGCCAGGGAAGUUUCCCAGCGGCAAAACCGAAAUUCCCUUUGAAUUUCCUCUGCACGUGAAGGGCAACAAAGUUCUGUACGAGACUUACCACGGCGUGUUUGUCAACAUUCAGAGAUCCAGUCCCGCACCUCCCCUUGGCGCCCUGCUCAGUCUGACCGUCCUGACCCCUCUGACCUGCGGUAGCCUCUUCCACCUGGACCGUUCCUUAGCAGUUGGGCAAGAUCACGAUAAAUACACCCUGCGCUGUGACAUGAGGCGGUCUCUGUUGGCCAAGGACUUGACGAAGACCUGUGAAUUCAUCGUUCACUCUGCUCAAAGAGCCUCCAACUUUGUGAUGGAGAAUGAGCCCAAGUUCAGCUCCCUGCCCAGAGCUGGGCCCGAGGCCAGGACCCCUCUCGGCCCCCAACCCAGGACCCACAGCGCUGUCACGACUGCAGAGCCCCCCCCAGGCCAGCUCAGGCCUCAGAAGGGGAAGUUGACCCCGAGUCCCGUGGACUUCACCAUUACACCUGAGACCCUGCAGAACGUCAAAGAGUUUAUUUUUUGUGCUGCUGGAGUACCUCCUAGAGUCAUUCUUUCAGAACAGAGAGCCUUGCUCCCCAAAUUUCUCAUCCGAGGGCAUCUCAACUCCACCAAUUGCGUGAUCACACAGCCACUGACAGGGGAGCUGGUGGUGGAGAGCUCGGAGGCUGCCAUCAAGAGCAUAGAGCUGCAGCUGGUCCGCGUGGAGACCUGUGGGUGUGCGGAAGGCUAUGCCCGAGAUGCCACGGAGAUUCAGAAUAUUCAGAUUGCUGAUGGAGACGUGUGUCGGAGCCUGUCCGUCCCCAUCUACAUGGUGUUCCCGCGGCUGUUCACCUGCCCUACGCUGGAGACCACCAACUUCAAAGUGGAAUUUGAGGUGAACAUCGUUGUGCUGCUUCACGCGGAUCACCUCAUCACGGAGAACUUCCCGCUGAAGCUGUGCAGGGUGUAGCCGGGGAGCGGGGGGCGUGCGCGGUGAGGCCGGGCAGACAGGCCGCCGGGGGCCGGCAGCAUCGGCUUAUUUUCGAGAUGCUUCUGUAUCAGAAAUGAAUCUGAGCCCUCCGAUCACAGUCACUGCUGUUCCCCGUUACCUCGAGGCCUCUGCUUCCAGUGGGCACCUCUCAUCAGACCUGUUCUCUCAAACUCAUCUGGACUUUGUAACUGUUGUUGGCAAGAUCCCUUCGCAGAAAGCAGAAUUUUCCUCCGGCUCCUGACUUAACUGCCCUUUUCAGAAGCAGUGACAGCACGUGCUGGGCUGGGAGGUGAGGUCCUGGGGACCCAGGAAACCCUCCCACCUGGCCAGUGGGUGUAGCUGCGACUCCUGGCAGACAGUGGCUUGGCGGGACGUGGCGAGCUGCCUGUUGCUUACGGUGUGUGUAGACCCCGUCCAAGGAGGGCUGCGCAGCGGCGUCCGCUGGAACCGUGUAGCAUUUUCCCGCUGUUUGUCGUUCUUUGAUCGGUUUUCAUGAUGACUUCAGAAUGUUGAGGGAGCUGGAGCGGGGCGUCCCUGGCUGUCAAAGGAGGAAACCGCGACUGUCCACACCUCUGGUCGUUGGGUGGGUUCUGAAUGGCAGGAGACGUGCCCAGGGCAGGAGGUGAAGACCACUGUGCCCCGGGAGGAGCUGGGAAGCUGCCCUGGACUUGGCGAACUCGGCCUGCCCCCGAGGUGAAGCCGUCGUGGCGCACAGCGUGUGGAAGCCUGGUGCAGCAAAACGCUUCCGUCUGAUCCUGUUGGUCCACAAUCACUGAGGCCUCAGAAAUUAGCUGUGUGCUCGGCAUGCACCCGGCCUCCCUGACUGCGCCUGCGGCUGGGCUGUGUUCUCAGCAGGCACCCGACCCCCCCGACAGCGCGUGCGCCUGGGCUGUGUGCUCGGCAGGCACCCGGCCUCCCUGACUGCGCCUGCGCCUGGGCUGUGUCCUCUGCGCGCACCCGGCCCCCCCUAACAGCGCGUGCGCCUGGGCGGGCCUGAGCCAGGCCACCCGGCUGAUGACCCCCACCGCCCCGGCCGUGCUAUCGUCCUGGGACCGCGUCCGGUGACGUGUGACGCCGAGGGCGAACAGACCUGACUCAGGCACUGCUUUAUCCUAGGGCUUCACCAGUGAAACCGAUACAAUUUACUCACUGAGUCAUUUCUAAUUUGGUUCCCAGAGAAUACAUUUCUGGUUUAUAAAUCUCCUUUUAUGCUCACGUGACAUUAAUAAUUAUCUGUCUUUGAGGAUGUGUUCGGAGUAUCGGGAGACAAAGAGGCCAUACUUUCUGGGACAUUUCAAAGGUAUAAAUCAUUUUUAAUGGAAAAAAAGCUAAAUGAGAAUUUUGAGCAAAGGUUUGGGGUGUAUACUGCUCUGUCAUUUCUUUAGUAAACUGCUUUUGUGGAUAUAAAUAGGACGAGUGCUCUGCUUAGGGAACGACUGUUAACUGAAGACCAGCCAGCACCCUGGCUGCUUUCAUUUUCAUUUCAUUCGAUCCUGAGUGGCCCAGACAAGGGCCUCAGGCUGGCCGUUUCCUUCCCCUUCUUGGCCAACACCUCCCAUCGGUUGUUAUGAACACAGAUGUUUGGCUUUCUCGGACCACCACCAGCCUGCGGCUGCCCUUGCUGGCUGGGGCGGGGCGGGGGGGACAAUGUCGGAGGCCCAGGGUUGUCGGAUUCUCGAAUCAGAGCAAGAGGACAUGAAGGGGAGGGGAAGGAAGGAGUCUGAACCGUGAAUCUGUAACAGUAUAUUGUUUGGGAAAUGUCUUUGGCUGUCAGAGCUCCUGCAGAAAUGGGGCCUGGCUCCCAUUCUCGGCCAUGUUGUAAGCUCCAGAGUAAAGGUAAGAGGUAAAUCAGAAAGAAGAUGUAAUAAAAGACAAAGCGUUGGUGCCGGAAUUCG